CGACAAGGCCAAAGUCCACCGGCACCUCAAUACCUGACACCAAUGGUGAGCCCCAACCCGCGCGUGAUCGUUCUCACAGGAGGGAACAAAGGUAUAGGGUACGCGAUCGCCCAGGCCCUCCUGCGCUCGAGUGAGCCCAUACUCCUCUACCUCACCGCGCGCGACCCCGCCCUGGGACAAGAAGCCGUCGACAAGCUGCGCAGUAACCUCUCAGCUGGGUCUGAUGUCUGUUUCCACCAGGAGAUCGGGGCCAUGGACGUGCUGAUCAACAAUGCCGGGAUCCUCCCUGUGCGCGAACUUACCGCGGACCUGGCAAGAGAAGUCGUACAAUGCAACUAUGACGGCACCAAGUCCGUCACGCUCGCCCUGCUGCCCCUUAUCAAGCCUCGUGGGAGAGUAGUAAACGUCUCCUCUACAGGAGGGGCGAUGCGCAACCUCCCUUCUACUACGCUGCGUGCGCGUUUCCUUGAUCCGGCGCUCACUCUGGACAAGCUGGACAGCCUGAUGCGAAAGUUUGAAUCGGAUGUGCAGGAGGGGAGAUGGAAGGAGGAAGGGUGGACGGAUAACGCGUAUCGUGUUAGUAAGAUGGGCAUGACGGGGUUGAGUAUGGUCCUGGCGAGGGAAACUCCGGGAGUGCUUAUCAAUGCGUGUUGUCCUGGGUGGGUGAAGACAGACAUGGCACCUCUGGGCACUAAGACACCAGAGGAAGGCGCGCGAACACCAGUCUUCCUCGCCAUCGGGACUAUUGGAGGAAAGACGGGCAGGUUCUGGCGGGACGAGAUCGAAGUGCCUUGGACAGAGGGACCCGAGUGA